GCCAUUUCCAACUGUGCAACAUAUAAAUGGCGCGUAAACAACGCGUUUGUUUCAAACGAAAAAUUAAGAAAUUAAUUUAUACGCAUCACUCUCGCUAUCGUUGUUUUCUUCGUUGCGGAAACACUAUAUAAAUAUGAAUUACACGUGUAUUUUUCAUAAGAGACAAGAUUUUUGUUGAAACCUGGAGUCACGGUAAAUAGAAUUUUCGGAAUGUAGAAAAAUUCUUGUCAUGCAAUUUUAUAGUUGAACGAAAUUAACAGAAAAGAGAGUCAAAGGGAUCGCUAUGGAGCCAAUCAGAAUGGAUAUGAAAUCAAGUUUGCGCCACACAUGGCGUCCAAGAACCGACGCCAUCUAACGUCUGGCAUUCCUGUUUUUUUUUCGUGCGGGUAAAAUCACGGCUUUCUAUAGCGCGCAAGCCUUUAUCGUUUUGUUUUGUAGAAUUCGGUAAGUUAAGUGAAUAUCUUUGGUAAAUUGACUAUGCUAUACGUACGCCGAAUGAAAUGUUAGCUGAGAAAAAGCGUUCACGCGUCAAGAAAGUGUGUGGGAAAAUGAGUUAACCGUGUGUUAACGCGCAGUGGUCAACAAUCCGUGGAAGUUUACCAAGGGAAUAUAUUCCAUAUUCAGGACUUGAUAACAUCGAGGUAAUUUUACAUCGUUGCUUACGAUCGACUGUAUUACCACUUAGGAAGACGUAUAUACUGAGUGAAAAAUGAGUGCAUCUGCCUUAAAGUCAACGAUACCAGGAGUAGGUACAUCUCCAACUUCUGCCAGUCAUUCUAUUCUACCGAUGAAUGCAAUGGCACAAAAAGUUGUAUCAGGAUCAGAACCAGGAUCUAUGAAGCCUUUACCAGGAACUGGACUAAGCUAUGUUACAUUACAACCACCCUCUCAACCUUUGAGCUUGGUACAAGAUCAUAGACCUUCGGUAUAUCAAACCCCACCAUAUGUAAGCAGCAAUUCAGAAAAAGAAUCGGAUUUGGAUAAAUUAAUUCCCAAUGGAGUGGAAAUUAUAAAAGCAGAAACGGAACAAACUAUGUCUGUUGCUAUAAAACAAAGCGAGUCUAAUAGAAAUAACAAUUUAAGUCCGGAUAAUCCUACUCAAGAAUCACCAAAAGAGAUUCAAACUGAACAAGCGAUGACAUCUAUUAGUUUAGAUUUUCCUGCAUUAUGUCCACAACUGCAAAAUAAAGUUGAAGAAAAGAAAACUUCUGUAAAUAAUGGUUCAAAAGAAUCCGAUGGAACGCCAAUUAAUACAGCUAUACAAACAAAGUUAUCUUCGCACAAGGUGGAAGAUAGUUCAGUAAAAGCUGAUAGUCAAAAGUCAAAAGCUACAUCUCAAAAUACAAAAUUUGCAGCAGAUAGUUCUGCAAUGUCACAAACGAAUAAUCCACCAAAGGUCGAAACGAAAGUCACUGGUUCGCCGAAAGCAAAUAAACGAAAAUCUAGAGAAUUAAAGGAUUUAAAGGGAAUAUCGGCAGCUUCGGAUGGUGCAAGUAAACCAAAAAGAAAUCGAAUUCAAACACAGCCUUAUCAAAGUCCAUUACCAGAAAUCGCGUUACUCGUAAAAAAUUUAAAUAAGCCACCGCCGUCUAAAGCAAUCGAUGACAAACUUAUAGUAUUCUACAAAAAUGAAUUUUUGGCUGUGAGAAAUGCGGAGGGAAGCUUUUAUGUAUGUCAAGCAAUGCAAAAUAUAUAUAAGUCAAGCAGACGAAUUCGUAUACGUUGGCUUUCUCAAGACAAAAAUAAUGGAGAAAUAUAUUCACCAGAUUUUUAUGAUUUCAUAGACUUUGAUUGUAUAUUAACGAAUCUAAAUUUGAAUAAAAUUGAUAAAAACAAAUUUCAAUUAACCAAAAUUGAACUAUUGCGUACAGAGAAUAUUUUGAAAAGAGCAAUCGAUGUUGAAGCUGGCGUAUCUGAAAAACCUCGAGUAACGGAAGAACAUCCAGAUGGACUUGACCUUUCACUUUAUAAAGAUGAAUCACAAUUGAAAAGAAGAAAAAACUACAGCUUACACAAACAAAAGCAAAGUUUACGUAAGAAAUCAAAACGAAUUGAAAGCUCGUCUGAAGACGAAACUCUCGAAGAAGAGUCAGGGAAAAAAUCACCAAAAUUAAAUCGUUCUAAAAAAAGGACGGUUAAUAAAGCGUUAGCGAUUGCUAAAUCUGUUGCAAAAGGAUCAAGUAGAGCGGAGAGAGCAUUAAACAGAAAUACAAAAUCUGGAACUGAAGUUACUACGACCAUUAAUACUAGCGUUACCUCCGGUACUACGGCUGCUAAUGCUGUUCCACCUGUAAGUGCUCCUAAAAAUAACUCUGGCGUUAAAAAGAGUGAAAAUAAAAAGAUCAUAAAACCACAGAAUAAUAACAGUACGAGUGGAGUUUCAAGGCCAAAACAACGUGCAUCUACACAAAACAUACAGCAACAGAGUAGUAAACCAGCAGGACGUCCAAAACGUAUAGCUGCAUCCACAAGUAUUUUGUCGACCGAAGAAACAACUUCUCGAAAAAAGCCACGUGGACGAGCAUAAGAUUAACGUAAUUUACAUGUUUUUCCUAGGCUACACCUAGAACAGAGUCUGCAUCGUAGGCAAUAUGUACACGUAGUGCACUCUUUGAAAUUUGCGAUCAAUUUGUAAUGUAAUAUAUAUGAUCUCAAGAUUCUUAUAUCUAUCAGGUGCUGCAUUAUAUUAUAGUCCAACAAUGUGGGAUCAACAAUUUAUAUAACUGUGCGGCAAAUCGCAUUUAACGGAAAAAAAGACUCAGAGACUUAUGAGAGUGAUAUUGUGAUAUCAUGCAAAAUUUGUACAUAUCGUCUACGUUUCAGAUUCCUACAGGAGAAGAAAGUUACGGAAUGUAUGAGGAACGGUACCUUGGUUGAGUAAUAACUGUCUACAGGGUGUCACAUGCUAAUGCACUCUUGCAAUAGUCUAUUUUUGAUGUUGUGAGUGAACUGUACGUGAUUCAGUUGAGUUUAAAUGUACACUUUCCAUUGGAUAUGAUAGCUAUGUACAAAUAUAUAUGUCUGGGGCUUGUAUGUACUCUAUGAAAAGAUUAAAACACAAAAGAAAAUAGAGUACCAGAAGAUGAUAAGAAUCCGUGAAUUAUCGAUCUCCAACUUAUGGAUCGGUAGAUUUAGAAGUACAAUAUCUGUACAUUACGCUGAAUCUUUGCUGUUUAAAAAAAUAGCAUUACAGAAUGGUCCAGCGCCUAUACUAAAGACAGGCAGAGAAAAAAAGUGCCCUCAACUGUAAAUCCAUGUCCUGUUGUUGAAUCUAUGGAUUCAUAAAGAAACCUUAUGGCUGAAAAUAUAACGUUUUACUUAUAGUUUAUUUUCGAAUCAUUUGUAUCGAUGACUUGCUAAUAUUAUUCAUUGUUAUAGAAAUCAAAAGGAUCAUGUUAAUUAACUAUGGUGGUGUCAAACUAUAAUUUAGCCACUUAAAUAUAUUAUAUUCUUUCCUUUAAAGAAGAUAAUAAUAGCACUUAUUUACUCUGAUAAGUCUGGAUUUAAAUGUAUAAACUUGCUUUAUCUAUGUAUUAUUUUAUUUUCUUUUUUUUUUUCAAAGAUUAUGGACAAAUUGUAUAUUUACCGAGAGAUAGAUGAUUAUGAUUUACAUUUCACCAAAACUAAAUUCAUAUAAUUUAAUGUAGUUUAUAGUUUAUAUUGUGUCGAAAUGUGUUAUUGGAAUUAGAAAUUUCUGUCAAUAUCAAGAAAUGGGAUUUAUAAAAGUUAUUUAAGACGAUGUAUAUUGAAGAAGGUAUCGAGAUAUGUAUUUCUUUUUUAACGUUACGACGAUAUAUUAACGUACCUUACAAGUUAUUUUGCGUAAACAAAUAAAACUAUUUUUGGAAAAUAAAAGGCAGAUUAUAUCGGUUAAGGUUACUUUCUUUUUUUUUAUUUUAUUUUUAAUUGUAAAUUCUGUCUCCGGAGAUGUGUACACUUAUUUUAUGCAUUGGCCGUUGAAUAUGCACAAACUUAACGAGAAAGUUGUUUCUCACUUACAUGAUUUUAUCUACGUAUGUACAUAUAAAGAUUAGGUAAACGAAAUUGUGAAAAUGGAUACAAAAAUUUAUGAGCGUUUGGAAUCUUGAAGGCUAAUGUAUCUUAUUCAUUUGAUAAAAUAUUUCAUUUUUAUAUCACAAUGAAAGCAAUUGCAGAACUUGGUCUCUUAUUUCAGCAGACACUGAAUACAUGUACGAUGUACAUAUACUUCGUAAGACUACGACAUAAAGACAAUUCAAGAAUGCCGUUUAAAUGAUUAGGCAUAUCGACCUCUAUUGAAAUAGGAUACAAGAUAAUUAUUAUAUUAAGUGGUUAAAAUGGAUUUAAUUCUUGAGAUGGGAGAUGAAUAAGAUACCAAUCCUAUCAUUGGUCCAUUGCAUAUUGUAUUUAAAAUAUACACAUACAUAAUGUAUAAAUUUAAAGUAUAUGCAAACGUAAUGUAUAAAUUUAGUAAAUGAAAAAUUUUAAUGAUGACAACCAAUGAAUUUGCUUAUAUUGUUAUUGAAUUUUUGCUUUAAAAGCAUUGUCACUUUUUUGGGAAUUAGUUAUACGAUAACAAAGUAAUCAGAGGACGUUGCAAAUAAUGAUUAAUAUCAUCAUUAGCGUCGAUGGAAGACAUGUAAUAUAUAAUAAAUUUUCAAAUUAAACUGCACUUUAUUGUUUCGAGAGUCAAUGAAUUACACGACGCGUAUAAAUACAACUCUCGAUAUUCUUCUCUUGAGCCAUUUAUGAGUCUAAGACAAAAUAGCACGAAGGAAACUGAAUCGAAAAGCAACGAUGCAUUUGCGUGCGGGCUGAUAUUUGUUCAGAAUACUUAAAUAUAUGUAUAUUAAAUUUCAAAGACGAAAUUUCAAUGUAGACACUAGAUAAUUCACGACAUAAAUCAUCUUGCGCUUAGACACGAUAAAAUUUCACAUCAUAUUUGCCAAUAUAAAUUUGUCGCGUGCGACAAAUGUUUAUUUAAGCCAGUUAAUCCCAAAUUUUGUAUGAUUACUAGCGUAUAAAAUCAUCCGCAUCUUUUCUUCUUUAUCGUGAUUGUAUUUUCUAAAAUGAACGUUUAAGAAAGCCAAAGAUAUAUUCGUUACAUAAAAGUAUAAUUAUAUUUAAAAUUGAAAGUACAAACAAUUUUUCAUGAAAGUGUCAAAACUUUGCACCCAAAUUUGGGAAGCACUGGUUUAAAAAAUGUUGCGUUCAACAAGAUCUCAACUACCUCGUGAUACAACUUAUUUCCCAUAUAAUGUAAAAUUUUAUGUUUAAUUUCAGGUACAUAUGGUUUAAAGAAACUUUGUUCCAUUUGCAUUAUAAAUUACGUUUAUACUUUAAGUUAAUAUACAAGACACUUAAUAUAGCUAUUUGAAAUAUCUUUUGCAUAUAUUUUUUGAACGAUUUGUUUGAUAACUUUCUGAAUUUAAAAAAAUAUAAAAAUAAAGUAUAUAUUAUUUAUCAUCUGUAUACACUUUUGGAUUAAUUUUGAGAAGUUUGCCAAGUAUUUAAUUUUGUUUACUUUGUUAAUUAAAAAACAUGUUUCGCAUAACCAUAUUAAGUGUCUCGUAUUGUAUAAUCCAAAAAUAGCAUUGAUAAAUUUGUAGUGCCAAUUGUUUUCAAAUUUUUAAGCAGUAUUCCUUUGACAAGGUUUGUCUUAAGACACGCGAAAUCAAUUAUUGGCUCUUCUAGCACUGCUUCAAUGAAUUUACAGCAUACGCCUCUAAUUAAUCUGAAUGUCACGAUUGCAUUCUAAUUAUGUAAUAAGCACAUAAACCGUAUUAUGCGUGACGCAUUUAAAUAGACGUUUAACUAAUGAUUAAAUAAAGCGAUCGUGCGAUUAUCACUAAGUAUGGUUCUUGUAAGAAUGAAUAUUUACAUAGAUAAAAUGUACAGCCCACAUGCGAAAAUAUCGGGCUAUACUCGAAAUACGUUGCGAAGAAAUUCUUUUUGCUUCAAGAUCACCUACAAUUUAUACAUAUUUCCAUUAGGCAACAUUUAUAAGCAAAGUUUUACUCUAAAGGAAUCGAUAUCUGUCAUUUUCGUUUAGAUGGUAGUUGUUUUCAAUUUGGAGAUCGAAUCGAUUUUUAUACAAUUUUGGGAUCUAUUAGAAACUAUAGACAAUUUUUUUUAGACCAUAAAGAAACCAAUUACGAAUAAUAAUUUUGACAAUAUUUAUGAUUUUUACGGUUACAGUAGCCUUUUUUUUUUUAAUCGAGUAACAAAAUAACUUUACCAAGAAUUCUUUUACUGGCGUGUCUUUUAAAUAAUUCGAUUCGAUGUCCUAUGGAAUAACAACGCAAAUCGACACCGAAAUGUGAGUAAAUUAAACGCGGCCUACUUUGUACCUAAAAUUGAAACAAUCGAUCGUACGAAGCAAAAAGGCGGGAGAAACGAAGAAUGAUCUGUUUUGGAAACGUGUUUCAAGUAACAAGCCCCGAUCCUUUUGAGAUUCAUUUUUCUAGAAGUUAUUCUAUACAAUUUACACGCAACUUUACCGUUAGAAUCAAUUACAAAGGGUCUCGGAUAAUCUAAUUAUACGACUAAUAUGAACUUAAACAAGGAACCUCUAUCUGUCGUACUGUGUACUGUUUCCUUUGUGUAUACAUUAUUCCAUAAUUUUCUUGAAUUAACCACACGAGCUGAUGAUGGUUGGUGCAAUCUGUAUGUCCCCUGUGAUUUAAGUUCGUAAUGAAUUGAGAAUCAACGUUUUACAAAUAAUAAAAGAUAUUGUGAGUUUGG